AUGCCCCCAGGAUCGGGCGCUAGGGGGACCCUGGCCCUGCGCCGGGAGGCGGCUCCGGGCAGCGCCGCGGGGGACCGGGUGGGGGCCUGCGGCUGGCCGGGGGCGGAGAAGCAGGCUGAGGCGGUCCCCUCCCCUGGCGCGGGCUCAGGAAUCCGCCGAGGGGCGGGCGGAGGCGCCGGGGUGGGCCGCGCCGCCUGUCUGGGCGGGCGGGCUGGGGGCGCUUCCUGGGGCCGCGCCCCCAGGAUGUCCUUAGCCUCCUGCCUCCCCGGCUCUCUACCAAAACUGCUGCUGUUAUUGUUGCUUGAGGCAGCAUCUCCCCGAAUGCCUGGAGGCUAUGAGUGGGAUGACAGCCAGCACUGCCGAGGUGUUAUGCUGACCAUCCCCGAGGCCUGCAGGGAGAUGAAAUGCAUCAGCCACUAUGGGGGGCUACCUGGCACUGCCCGCUCGGCAGCUGUCAUCAAUGACCUUCUUGGAGGACCACCACCACCAGCUGAACAUCCCAACCCCUGCCUGCCAGGCUAUGAACCUGAUGAGGCUAGCCGGGGCUGAGUGGUGUCUCCUGCAGACGUGGACGAGUGUGCCCAGGCCCAGCAUGACUGCCGCCCCAACCAGGAGUGCCAUAACCUACCUGGCUCCUACCAGUGCACACACCUGCCUGGCUCCGAAAUUGGGCCCGAAUGUGUAGAUAUCGAUGAGUGCCGUUACCGCUACUGCCAGCACCGCUGUGUCAACCUGCCCGGCUCCUUUCGCUGCCAGUGCGAGCCGGGAUUCCAGCUGGGGCCCAACAACCGCUCCUGUGUAGAUGUGAACGAAUGCGACAUGGGGGCUCCGUGUGAGCAGCGCUGCUUCAAUUCCUAUGGGACCUUCCUGUGUCGCUGUCACCAGGGCUACGAGCUGCAUCGGGAUGGCUUUUCCUGCAAUGAUAUCGAUGAGUGCAGCUACUCCAGUUACCUCUGCCAGUACCGCUGUGUCAACGAACCCGGCCGCUUCUCCUGUCAUUGCCCACAGGGCUACCAGCUUCUGGCCACGCGUCUCUGCCAAGACAUUGAUGAGUGCGAGUCGGGCACACACCAGUGCUCUGAGGCCCAAACCUGUGUCAACUUCCAUGGGGGCUACCGCUGCGUGGACACCAACCGCUGCGUGGAGCCCUACGUCCAGGUGUCGGACAAUCGCUGCCUCUGUCCGGCCUCCAACCCCCUGUGCCGGGAGCAGCCCUCGUCCAUCGUACACCGCUACAUGAGCAUCACCUCGGAGCGGAGUGUGCCCGCCGAUGUGUUCCAGAUCCAAGCGACCUCUGUCUACCCUGGCGCCUACAAUGCCUUUCAGAUCCGUGCGGGAAACUCGCAGGGGGACUUCUACAUUAGGCAAAUCAACAAUGUCAGCGCCAUGCUGGUCCUCGCCCGGCCUGUGACAGGCCCCCGGGAGUACGUGCUGGACCUCGAGAUGGUCACCAUGAACUCCCUCAUGAGCUACCGGGCCAGCUCUGUACUGAGACUCACCGUCUUCGUGGGGGCCUACACUUUCUGA